AUGUUUCACUUUGUGCAGAGCUUAAUCGAUGACUUCAUAAAACUUGUCACAGUAAAUCAUUGCCCCAAUGAAAGCUUGUUCUUGCCUUCACUGUUGUUAGCAGUACUCCAUUUAGAUCCUACUCUUAGUUUUAUUUAUACUUACAUUGGUCUUAUUUUUUCAGAGGUUCAAGAUAAACUUAACCAUCUGCGCACAUAUGUUCCCUUUGUGAAGCGCAUGAUUGCUAAGCUAGAGGUUCGUUCAAAGCAGGUUGGAACAAGCCACGGUCAACUAGAGCGCUUGCAUGGACUUUAUGGUUUUUUAACACGCCCAAUACCCAGAACGCCCAGAAUGGAGAUGUUAGAGAAGAUGGAAGCUGUAAUUCGCAGCAUGCAUGAGAAGGUUCAGAAGGCUCAAGGAAAACCUGUUGUUGGAUCUAGUCCUAAACUGGAUGCCACUUCUUGUGGCCCUGAACAGAGUCAUUCUGGUCCUGAACCAAACCUAUCUGGUGCUGAACCCAGUCAUUCUCGACCUGAAUUAAACUAUUCUCGACUGGAAUCUAGUUCUAAACCAGAUAGUGUGUUGGGACACAGUUUGGGUUCUGCACAAGGUGGUGUUGGUAGACCUUCCUCUGGACAUUGUAUGAGCCCAGUGCAACAACGCAAACCAUCACCAGUACAAAAAUCUGCGUCAGGUGAAUGGAAAACUACAAGAGAUAUUGGUGGAAGGGAAAUAGAAAAAUCAAAAGACCUGGGGCAUAAUGAAAGAACAAGAGAGAAAAGCUUGGAGAUGUCAAGGGAAGGCAGCUAUGAAAGAAGUCGAGGGAGAGAGUUUAAUCGAAAUGAGUCAAAAUAUGGUGAUAGAAGCAGAGAACGGGGAUCUGAAAGAAGUAGAGAAAAAGAUCAUGACCGGAACAGAUCCAAAGAUUUUGAAAGAAAGAGAGAGCAUGAUUUUAAUCGACAUAAAGGGAGGGAUAGGAGCACUGACAGAGAUGGAAGGAUUAGACCAUCAGGUGGGAAAGAAUAUGAGAGAAGCAGAGAUAGAGGAAGCAGCUCUAGAGGAAGGGAGCAUGAAAGAGAAAAGAAACAAGAUUGUGUCAGAGGGAACACUUCUCAGGAGAGACAGUUAGAUCGCAAUAGGGAAAGAGAGACUCUUAGAAUGGAGCGCCAGCACAGUUACAGUGAGCAAGAGAAAAGGCAGUUGGAGGCAGCAAAGUUAUCUUCAAAGUGGAACAGUCUUCUUGAUCUUCCAAUGCCACCAUCAUCCAGCAGUAAUAAUACACCACAUCCUUUUGGAGAUAUAGAAAAUAUGACACCUCCCAAUCCAGAAAAAUUUAAAAGUUCUAGAGAAAAGCUUCAAAAACUUUUUGGGAUAGUUCAGAAUUCAUCUAUGCCAAAAGAGGGGGAAGCUAGUACUUCAUCAGCAUCAUCAGUCUCAACAUCAUCACGAUCGCGGGGUUGGAGAGACGAAGUUCGAGCCAGGGGAGACCUCUUUUUUACCCAAAGAAGUUCAAGUCAGUCUGCAGGUGAAAUGACAGAUGACAGAGGAGACUAUCACCCUCCAAGACACAGAUCUCAAUACGAUGACAAAUCUUCAAGGUCUUCACAUAGCCAGAAUGUAACAAGAGAUCAUUCUCAUAGUCAAAAUAGUGAUUCAAGAGACCAGGCGCACCCUUGGAAAGACAGUAGAUCUCAUCCAAACAACCCUCAUCAUGUUCCUUUACAAAUGAGUCCUCCUUUAAAGGAAAAUACAAGCACUCCACACGAGAAGCCUAUAUCCCCAGAUCAAUCUCUUAGUUAUACUUAUGGCUCAAUGGAUACUCCUCAGUCUCCUGAUAUAGAGGCUUCAUUCAGUCCAAUUAUUUCUUCUGAAGAGAGUACUCCAGUAAAGACCAUUCCUCUAGAAAAUCUUCAACAGAAAGGAGUUGAUCUUGAAGCCAUAAAGAAAGCUCUUGCACAGAUCCGAGCGAAUGAGAGACCUAGUACUAAUGCUUCAAAUGCUGAACAAGGGCCAUCCUAUCGUUAUGAGGAUUUUGUGGGUCCUGCUUCAAAACUGCAAGCUGAUGAAGAUGAGCCUUAUGAUCCUGAAGAAGUAUGGAACAGUCAAGAUAUAGAAAGAGCAGCCUCUCGGCGCCUUGGUGUUAGUGUAGAAUCUUCGUCUGUUAUUCAAAGUCAGAAGGAUAUGGAUGUCUGGCAGGUACCAACAUGUAUACCCUUACCUCACAGCUACCAGAAUAAAAUGCAGGAUAGACAAAGUCCCCACCCUGGUCAUCAAAUGCCACAUACAAAAGAUGGAGCUAGGACCCUUGACUCAGGAAAUGGUAAAAUGGUUUCACUCUCAAAUAUACCCCUUCCUCAGAGGCAGGCUACAACUGGUCCAGUUUGUGAUAAAUCAAGCCAUGUUCCUCAUAGUCAUUCAGAUACUAGCACACACACAGUAUCCCAUGGAGUAGGUUGGUAUCAGAGCAUUUCCAGUACAAGAGCAAAUGAUUCUCAUAGCUUAAGAGAAAAUGCCAAUGAUGUAGAUAUGAGGCAGCAGCAGCAGCAGCAUCUUCCACCGCUACCAAAAUCACAGCAACCUCCAUUACCUUCAUCACAUCAACCUCCAUUGCCUUCACCACGGCCUCCUUCACCUUCCCCACAGCCUCCAUUACCUUCCCCACAUCAGCCUCCAUUACCUUCCCUACAUCAGCCUCCAUUACCUUCCCAACAUCAGCCUCCAUUACCUUCCUCACAUCAGCCUCCAUUACCUUCACCACAUCAGCCUCCGUUACCUUCCACACAUCAGCCUCCAUUGCCUUCUUCAUCUCAGCCACCACUGCUAGUAUCACACCAGCUUCCAUUACCAAAAGCUGUUCCACCCACAUCUUCAGCAGCACUUCAGCCUCCAUUGCCAAAAGCACAUCAACCACCUCUACCAACAUCAUUUCAACCACCAUUACCAAAAUCGCCACCACCUGAACCACAGCCUUCAACAAAGCCAUCUAGUUCUCAAACACUACCUUCAAGUAAGCGAACAGAUGAACUGUCAGUUAAAGAUGGACAUAACUAUGUUGUAAGCAGAUUAGAUAGCAUUCGUUCUCGAAUUGCACAUCAAGCCAGUGAACUUAUUAAACCUGGUCAACAGGGUGUAGCUGCCAGUCAAAUGGAAAAGUACAAGCUAAAGAGACAAGCAAGUAGUUUGUCAGAAGUCAAGUCUCCUACAUAUACUCCAAAUAUAAACUCCAGAGAAAAUAUAUCUACAAAGUCUGAAUCAAGCACAAAGGGAAAAGACUCUGUAUCUGUGCUUGAUUUACUCUUACCAGAAAAUAAAACAAAUGAUGCAGAAAUGGAAGAGGGAGCUGUGUCAGUAAGGGACCCUCGACAAAUUACUCCUAAUAUUUCAGCACAACUUCAUAGAGACCCAAGGUUAAAACACCAUGACUCUCUCUCUGAAAAUGAAUCUGUGCCAGCUGUAUCCCGCAAUCGAGAUCCAAGAUUAUCUGCACCCUCUUCUGCAGGAGGGUUAUCAAAUUUCAGAGAUCCAAGGCACCAAACUAAUCGGGAUCCAAGGCAGGAAUCUACAAAUUUUUCAAGCACUUUGGGUAGAGAAGGGAGAGAUGAUUCAGGAAAGUUAUUUAGUGUGCCUUGUUCAAGCAGAGAUCCUAGACAAGACCCAGGAAAAUUUCCUCUUGCAACUGGACCUCAGGUUAGAGAUCCAAGGCAUGACUCGAGUAGUUAUGUUGGAUCAGGAACUUCGACACGUGAUCCUAGACAUGAUCUGAGCAGUUUCUCCAGUGGUUCUGUUAGAGGAAGCAGGGAUCCAAGACAAGAAGCUAAUAUUUUUCCUACUGUUGUAGGAACCCAAUGUAGAGAUCCACGUAUGACUUCUAGAGGAGAGAGACCUCUGUUGCCUGCAAAUUAUCCUGUGCAGCCAUCUAACCUAAGUGUGCAGGCAGUUGAUGUCCAUCCAUCUCAGUCUACCAGUAGCACUCUGAUUGGACAAACUUUUACAUGCUUGAUGAUGAGAGGUUUACCUCCUUUCACCAAUUCUAAUCACAUUUAUCAUUUCUUUCAGGAAUAUAUCUUACGUGACAUGUCUAUUGAAUUAGAUAGCCACUACCAAUGUAAGGGCACUGCCUAUAUACAUUUUCCCAGUCAUGCCAGUGCCCAGGAGGCUUUGGAACUCAUGAAUGGACGUAUUUUACAGGGUUAUCCAGUAACACUUAGAAUAUGCACAGUAGGAAUUCUACGACAAGCAAAAAAUGCUUAUGAGCAGUUAAAUCGUGACAGAGAAGCUCAGCUACGCAUUCCUGAGCGACCUAGGGGAAAUGGAAAUCCAUUUUUCAAGUCUCGCCCAAAAGAACAUACAACUAAACCACCAGAACCCAAUUCUGCCACAGCUGCCUCAGUGACAAACACAGAUAAAACAAGUUUAUCAAGUAAACCACAAGAACAUGAAGGGGAUGUUGGUGGAAAUACAAACCAAUACUCGGAGCUGUGUGGCGUUAAAGUACCACCAAAAUCAAGUGGAAAACUAAGCUUCAAAAUUCCAAAGAUUAGAAAGGAUACACCAAAAGGUGAGCAGAAGGAUGCAGGAGGCUGUGAUGAAAUUAAGAGUAAGGUUGAAACGUCUGAAAAGAAAAAGGUAACAAAUGAAGGUGUUGCUGCAGACAAUAAGAAGGUAAAAUCACUGGAAAAGGAUUUGUCAGAAUCAGAUGAUGAAUUGCAUGAUAUACAAACAGUAGCCAGAAGAAACAGAAAGUUCAAGAAAAUUGUUAUUCAUUCUGAUUCAGAAUCAGAAAGUGAAGAAAAAACUAAGAAAUCUAUAUUGAGCACUAAAAAUGGAUCAUUGAGUACUAGCAGUGAUAAGAUUGAUGCCAGUAAUGAUGAUGAUGAGGAUGAUGAUGAUGAUGAGAGCUUUAUGGUUAUUGAUGAGACUGUUGUGUCAGAUGCUGAUGAAACUGAAGAAUCUGAAGUAAGCUCUCAAGUGUCAGAAGAACCCCUUGAUCAGGUAUUACCUAUAAAGGUAAAAGAAAAGAAAGGUAAGAAAAGUAAAUAUAAUAUUGGUAAACAAAAAGGAAAGAAGAGAUCAGGGGUUAUUAAAGGUAAAAAGAAAGCACAAGCAAAAACUGAUACAUCUACUCGUAAGGUACGUGGAAAGAAAAAUACAGAUAAAUGUACGACUGACAAUGUUUACAAGCCUGAAUUUAACGUUCAUUCUUCUGUGGGAUUAAAAUUAACGCGUCACACCCAAGGAGAACUAGAGGAACUAAUUCCUGAGAAGAAGAAGCUUAAAGUGCUGAUCCCUGUUCCUCAUAAGUUUGUGAUCACAUUAAGUGAUGAUGAUAAGCUUAAAAAGAGAGGUGGAAAGCGGAAAACUUCAGAGUUGUUACCACCGUCAGAAGAUGUUAAGAAAAUUGUAGAAACUCCAGUUGAGAAUGCUGUGCCACUUUCUAAAGUCAGUACUUUGCGUAAGGUUACUAAAACUUCUAAGCAGAAUGUAAUUGCUGUCAUUGAAACAAAUGAAAAAGACUGGGAUCAUACUAAAGAUAGUGACUCAAGUGAUGAAAUGUUCCUUCCACUUAAUACAAAGCUUAACCGUGUUCUGAAAAGGGAAGUAAUCAUUGGUUCCCCUACAUCAAAGAAAGGUAAGAAGAGAAAAAUAUGUCAUGUUGCAAAUGUCAUGAAUGUACAUCAGAGAAAGAAAGUAAAGAAAGUUUUAUCUAAUGAUGAUUUAAAUCAAAUUGAGAAUAUAGCUAAUAACGCUGCCAGCAUUAGUAAGAGCCCUGAAGAAAUGCAAAAAGGUGAAGUUACAAAGCGUGGUUUGAUAUCACCAAAUGGAGAAACCGAUAGAAAAAAGUUACGCUUGGAUGUUCAAGUGUCUUCCUCUAAAAGUGAAGGAGAAAAUACUCAUCAGUUUGAUGUUUUUGAAAAUGAUGCUCUUUCUGAUGAAAUGCCUGACCUUACUCAAAUUACUCCAAGUUUGUUAGAUGUGGACCCUACAAUUUGUAAUGUCUUGCCAAAUGCAUCUGCCCUUGCCAGUGUCUUGAGUCCACCUCAUGCAAGCCUUCAGGUGAGUGAUGUUUCGUCAAAAAGUGAUUUAGGUGAUAACUGGUUACCACGAAAGUUGCAAGUAAUGGAAGAACGAUUUUCUUCAGAUGAAGCUACUCAUGCAAAGAUGAAGGAAGACAAAGUUUUGGACGAAAUGUUUGACAUGGUAAUUGAAAGUGGAGAAGUUAAAUGCAAAGUUGAUGCUGCUGUUACUGAAAAGAUUUCAAAAGCUAAUAAAGGAAACGAGAAUGAAAAUGAUGGCCAUUUUACCAAGUAUGGAGAAAGUCAAGAUUAUGCUGAGAUUAAUAUUGCUUCUAAAGAAUCUGAUUCUGAUUCUAGAGAGACUUUAGUAAUGGCAAUGGAAACCAUAUCUGAGAAAUUGACAGAUCUAAACACAGAAAAAAUGAAUGAUGCUAUGGUGUCUGCAAGUCCAACAUCUUCAACUCCUGACCAGCAAAGCACUCUUGAUUCUGAGGAUGGACGGCACACAAAAAUAGAUAAGUGCAUUAAAGAACAAAGAUCUGCACUACCAGCUACAGACAAUUCUGUAAAUAUGCAGUGGUCCUUAGAUAUGCAAACCAUUCAUACUAAGAGUAUAUCUCCAUGUGAUGCAGGAGAUAAACCCAGAAGAGAGUUGCAGGCUUUGGAAGAUAAUAGUAAGAUGAGGGAUGAGCAAAAUGAGGUUUCAGUAAUUCAAGAUAAUCAUAGUGAGGAAAGUACUACUGUUUGUGAAAGUGGUAAAACAACUGAGACAAUUACUAAUAUUAAAAAUACUGAAUGGGAAACAAAAACGGAUGAAAAUAGUGGUAUCAUAAUUAGCAAUGAAGAUGAUGAUGGUGAUGAUGCAGCUAGUGUGGGGAAAGUUAGUACCAGUAGUUUUGUAGAUGAUGCAUCAGUUGUUUCUAGUGAAGGUCAUGAUCUCAAAUCUCCAGAGUCUCAGGUUUCCAAGAAAGGAAAGAGAAGUAAAUCAGUUGGGUCUGUUCCAUCAGUUGAGUGUCGGCGAGUGACUCGAGGCUCCGUAGUGGAGCCACUAACAGCAGAAGUUGUUGAGUGGGAUGAUGGAGGGGUGGUGGAUUUGUUUCAGUGUGAUAUGUGUGACUAUUUUGGUCGACACAUGGCUAGUCACUUGGUCAACUUUCACACUGAGAGAGAAUUGCCAUGUGAAUUCAAAAAAGAAGACUUUCCGCCUGUUAUUAAAGAUCAUGUUGGUCCUGCUAAAGAAGCAAGUAAGGAUGUAAAAAAAUUACUGGAUUUGAGCUGGAUUCCAACUAAUAUGAAUUUUGAGAAAAGUGUAACCUGUAAAGAUUGUGACUAUAUAUCUAACAGUCGUUUUGACUUGAUUUAUCAUGUCCUUGAGCAUUCUCCUGAUGCAGCUUCAAGUGUUUAUCAUUGUCGUCUUUGCAACUACAUGUCUGAAAAAAAAGAAAACUUUUACAACCAUGUUUCUAGUCACACUGGGGAAUAUCGCUACAGGUGUGAACUCUGUGGUCAUCGCACUUACAAAUUGGCACGUCUACAGUCACAUCAUACAGAGUGUCAUCGCACCCAACCAGAGAAGUUUUUAAUAUUAGGAAUGAUUGAAGAAGAUGGUUGGCUGUAUAUCCAUGUUUGUAAAGUAUGCAUGUUUGUUAGGAUUGGUUUAGGCGCUGCUGAGGAGCAUGUAAAACACCGUCAUGGAGGAAAAGCGGAAAUUCAUAAGUCUAACAUGAGUAGGCAUAUUGUUUUGCAUUCAGAGCUGAGGAAAUCUUCUGGUGACUCAGAAAGUACCCCUAUUCCUCGUCCAAAAUACAAGGGGAAAAAAAAAAGGCGAGGAAAAAAGGGUCCAGAUCUUGAGGUUUUUGUUGGAGAUGAAGAAUUUGAUGAAAAAGGAGAAGUAGAGGAAAAAGCCAAGCAGCUUGUAGAUAGAAUAUCAAUAAAUAUUCACACAACGAUGUCUGCUCAAGAAGCUCAAAAAAGAAUGUCUUUGUUAGAUUCUAUUAGCAAAAAAUUAGACGAGGAUACUCAGGAAGAUGAAGGAGAAUUAUGUAUAAAAAUUUCUACAAAGGCAGAGUCAUCAUCAAUUAGCUCUCUUUUGCCAAUUUCAGGGGACACUGGUGAUGUUUUAAAAGAGAAUGAGGGAAAAGCUCAAGAUAAAAAUACAGUUGACAAACAAAAAACAGAUGAACCCCAAAAUGAUGCAGAAAAUGAGCAAACAUCAGUUCCAGAGAAGGAGUCUAACAGUGGAGAGAAUUGCAAUGAUGAUGAUGUACAGAAGAUUAUAGUAAGUGAAGACAUUGACUCAGCUGGAAGUGAUAGUGAGUCUACGAUGAGUGCUCUUGAUACUGAUGUUUUUGAUGAUGAAAUAAUAGCUACAGGUAAAGGUUUUCUUCAAGAUACAAUCAGAAAACUUUCAGCCAAGCUUGAGGAAGAUGCUAAAAAGACAAAGUUUGUCAUGAAAAAACAGCAGCAAGAUAAAAAAAAUGAUCUAGAGCAGCAACAAAAUCAAGAAAAGGACCAAAAACAGCAACAAGAUCAAGAAAAGGACCCAGAGCAGCAACAAGAUCAAAAAAAGGACCAAGAGCAGCAACAAGAUCAAGAAAAGGACCAAGAGAAGCAACAAGAUCAAGAAAAGGACCAAGAGCAACAGCAAUAUCCAACAGCAGGUGAUACAUGUACAAGUAAUAUCCAGGAAGAUAGUGACUCGGAUAAUUUAGUUAUAUGUGAGGAUGAUGACGUAAAUGAUAAGGAUGAAGCAUCCCCUUUGGACCAUACUCAAGAAGCAGAAAGCUCAUUGGAUAGCAAUAACACUACUGAAGGGAAUUCAGGAGCUUCACUUCAAGACUCCAUCCAGUUAAUACUGAGAGAAGCAUCUACACAAAACAAGCCACCUUUAAAAAUGCCCAAGUUGAGAAUUCGUCCUGCACACCAGCUUAUGGACCCACAUCAUUCACCAAAGCAGUCCAAAAGAAAAACCAAAUCAGCAGUCUUUACUUGCUGUGUUAGUCACUGCAACUACAGCAGUAGUAACAACAUGAAUCUAAUACAGCAUAUUAUUGACACUCAUGGGCCUUACAAAUGUAUUGCAUCAGGCUGCCAGUUUGUCACAAAAUCCCGGCCUGUCUUUAGUGUUCACUUAACAAACUAUCAUCCUAAGCUGAAUUUCUUGGUGUGUCCAUUUCUUUGCAAGAAUAUAUUUCUGCAUUUCACUGAGCUGAUUGAUCAUCUUUCUCAGCAUCGCUCUCGUACAUUAAAUGAGGACGCUCAGGAUAUUCAACCAGAAGAAGAUUCAGAAAUUCCAGGGUUCCUGCGUAUUGAAAGUGUAAGCACCUUAGAUCCAACCGCUGCUUCACAAAUGUUUGGUGAUGAUUAUGAUGGCACAUCAAGUCAGUCUGUUUCCAGUUCAUCUCAGGUAAAGUCGUUACCAAAGCUAGUUCCUCUUGAACAAGGAUUAGCAAAUAAUACAUCUGGUGCCACAGUAAUAAAUAUUGGAAAUACUUCAAUUUCUGGUCCUAUUACUUCUAGCAUGCUUGAAAGCAAGACAUCUCUCUCUGUUUCUGGAGUGUCAAAAAGUGGAACAAGUGCUUCUUCAAAUGAAAAGACACCACCAGUUAAAAUUAUGUCAUUCCCUGGAAGCUCUCACACUGGGGCAGUUUCUCUUGGAAAUUCUGAUGUAUCUUCUGACACAAUAAAAAUCACCAUUCAUACCUCUCCACAGUCAUCUGAAACAAAGAAAUCCCAACCAGCAGUUGUGACACUUGAUGAAGAAGGAACAGUGAUGAACCCCUCUCAGAGUGAUCACCGACCACCCCCUGGAAUUGCCACACUUCCCAAAAUCCCUCCCACUGUUCCUGUUCAAUCCAUAUUUCAGGCGUAUCAACCGAUAGAUGUAUUCAAGACACUUAUUACCAAGCUUGCACCAGAAGUGUUUAAAUGUAUGCAUACUGGCUGUAUAUAUGCUGAUGAUGACCCUGAAAUGUUUCUUCAGCAUAUCUCAUUUCAUGGAGAGAGCUAUAGAUGCUGCUACUGCUUAAUGGUAAUGCCAGCUCCAGAAGCAUUAGUGCAACAUAUUAUUACAGAACACAGCCAUUGCCAGUUCCAGUGCAAAUACUGCCUUUAUAGAGCCUAUACCAAAAUUUACAUGGGUGUGCAUUUGAAAAAUUUUCAUCCAUAUGAAGAGCCACGGUACAUUAAAGUUGGAACUAUCCAGCCACAUCAUCCUCCUAAUCCUCCAAUCGAUCAAUUUGUUCGACCAUACAGGUGCAACUAUAGGGAGUGCCAGUACCGUACAGUGGAUGCUGAAGCCUUCAAGACUCAUGUUACCACACAUGGUCAGUUUGUUAUCCUCAGCUGUGACUUCUGCCAUGUGUAUCUACAUGUCAUCCCUCUUAUUGAUCACAUGCGUGAGCAUCAGAUGAAUGAAUAUCAGUGCCCGUAUUGCCUUCAUGGGGAUGCAGAGAAGGAGCGUCUCCUUAGCCACCUCUUAAACUGUCACCCCGGACGUCCUGGAAAAGUGCUAUUGCGCAAACAGAUUACUUCUGUUGGCGGUGGGACAGUGCCUGUCAAUCCAGAUCUUGUCUCACGACCACCACCUUCACCCGAUGGGAGCAUGAAACCAGAGAGAAGGGGGAUUUCUAAACUUGAUAACAAAUUAACAGAGAAGAAGAAUGAGGAUGGAAUAAGUUCUUCAGGUUUACCUUUGACUGGAAGUGAAGGAUAUCAGGCAGCUGCCUUAAAUACUGAAGGAAGAAGGAUGUCCAGAAGUUUGUCUCGAGAAUUAGAUUGUAAGUUGCAGGAUUCUGGGAAAAAUUCUCAUGGGGAUGAAGAUGGGAACAGUAGUUUUCGAAGCCAAAGCCUGGGAGGUGAGGACAGUUCUUCCUCCCAGACAACAGAGAAAACAGAUUUAAGUGGUCAUGCUUUGUAUCGCUGUGGAAAUGAAGGUUGUGAGUAUACCAGCAUAUCUCAAGUGGAGCUGAGGGAACACCUUCAGGUUUGUGACCUUGCACAGGAUUCCACUAUUCUCAAGUGCUAUCACUGUGGUAAACAGUGCCGACACUUGAGCACCCUCUUUGAGCAUCUUCGAGUUCAUGGACCAAAGAGAUAUUAUUGUGGGGUAACAAGUUGUGAUUAUCGAGCAACAAUGGUACAUUACUUUAAAAACCAUAUGAAACAGAUUCACCGGUGCUCUGGAUUUAAGCAGCUGUUAAAAGAUCCCAAAAACAGAGAUCCAGAAACUCAAGAGUUUGUAGUGUAUCCUAAAGAUGCUGUCCCACUAAUUAGAGAAGGGCAUAGAAAAAGGAAAAAUGAAUAUGCUAUUGAAGAUAUUCAUCGCAUUCCACGUUCACAUGUUUCAUACCAUGACUUAAAAUGUUAUUAUUGCCAGUUUUCAUCCAAAGUUAGAUUGAACUUAAUUAAACACAUCCAGCUUCAUGAAAAACAUCCGGAUGGCAUACCCGAGAAAUUGUACAUAACAAAUGGUAACAACAGUCCCAUUCCAGUAAAACAGCCUGUAAAUCCUGUGCCGUGUUUAGACCGCAAAGAGCUAAUGUUUGACAAAAUGAUGAAUCUAGCAGGCAGCAGUUUCGAGUGCAAAAAGAAAAAAGAAGAUACGGAUUUACGAACCAAGAAUCCCAUACCACCUGAAGAAUAUCAGAAGUUACCAAAGUUUGUUCCAGAAGAAAGGCUUCAUUCCUGUGGGAUUGAAGGAUGCCAGUAUCUCUCUUGUGAUGAUAUGAUGCUAAAAUAUCACAUCCGUACUCUUCAUGCAGAUAUUACAUCAUUUCCUUGCCCACAUUGCACAGAUGUUUCAAUAACUGUGGAGAAGAUUAGUUCUCACUUCAAAUUACAUGGAGAAAGACUGUACAGAUGUGGCUGGUGUUCCUAUAUCUCUUAUAAAAGGAAUGUGGUUGAAAGACACAUGAAAGAAAAGCACAUUGCAAAGAAGGCAUUUGACUUUAUAAUAAGGGAACCUGAGGAUCCUGAUGCCCCAAAGAAAAGUGAAGAUGGCCAAGUCGAAGAACAUGUAGCGUAUAUUCCUGCUCCAGUUCCCCAAGAGCCUCAGUGGCAGUGUGGGCUAUGCAAGUUUAGCUCUGUGACUCAGCAAGAGAUGGUCAAUCAUACUAGUCUGAAGCAUGCUAUUAAGAGCCAGUUCAAGUGUGGGUAUUGUAGCGUCAGAUCAUCUGUUCGUACCAGUUUUGAUGCACACUUUGCUGCUAAGCAUCCAACGCAGCCUUUUCGGGUGCUUUGUAUGUAUUACCGCUUGGAUUCUGAAGAUAUUGAACCUCUGCAUCAAGGAGGUACUCCUCACUGUCAUGAACCUCUUUGGAAACGAAAUGAUCCAGAACGUAUUCGUCAUAUCCGUGGUAUUCUAAUUGAAGAUGACCCUGAAUGGAAAAGGGACUGGCUGAAACAGACUGGAACAGGGAAGCCAGAUAAGGACGAGUUUGUGUGCCCCAGAUGUGGUUCCUUCAAAACUGCUUGCCUUGCUACCUUUCGUUCUCACCUAUGUAGGGAAGCAGAUUAUGACAGGUACCAGUGUGUGGAAUGUGGAGUCUGUAAUGCUCUUCUUCCCAGCUUGCAGCGCCAUUUCACUAAAAUGCAUCAUGCACCGUUUACGUCUGAUUGCUAUCUUAAUCUUCCUGUAGAAGAUGAUAAAGAGGCCUGGGUUGAAAAUGUCAUCAUCCACCAGCAGCAUUUGAUCAGAGUUUGGCAAGAGAAGGGUUGUGUUGAAGUUAGUUCUGAAUCCAUAUCAUCAUAUACAGUAGGAGCUCAACAUGCUGCUCCUGCCAGGGCUUCAGCUAGCACACGUCGCUCUUUAACAAAUCUUACGUCUGACUCUGCUUCAAGUGAGGGUUCCCCCCAGCAAGGUGGUGUUGUUCUGCACGACUCUGGCAGUGAGCGGGGUCGCUUCGUCUGUGACACUUGUGGGUCAGAGUUCCGAUCAUCUGCUGGACUCAAGAGCCAUACCACUGCCAUGCACCAAGCCAGAUUCAAAUGUCAUUAUUGUCCAUUUGCAAGCAACAGUGAAGAUGCAGUAAAACAACACAGUAGUAUCAAGCAUCCCAAACUGCAGAAUGAAGUACUAAAUGUUUCACAACGAUGCAAAGUCUAUAAAGGUGAUGAGCCAGUAUCCAGUAAUGAUAUUAAAGGAGAGAAUGACUGGGAGAAAUGUAAACCUGCUGCUGUUGAGGGUGAAGACACUGUAUGCACAAGAGAAGAAACACCACAAGGGAAAACUCUGAUUAAAGGAGCCCAGGUUGCCAAUUUAAUUGGAAAGGUAAUCCAUACUACAGAUUUGAAAAAUAAAGUGAAAUCAGAUGUUAGUGAAGAUAUUACAGAAGAAAUCACACCCAUAGAAGAGACACCGAAGUCGUUUAGUUGCCCAUUCUGUCCUUUCACAAUAAGUACAGCAUCAGGCCUUAAUCAACAUAAACGUAGUAAGCAUGCAGACACACGUCUCUUUAUGUGUUCUCAUUGUAAUGGGCGCUUUAACACAAAUUUAGAUGCACUACGCCAUCACAGGUGGAAACAUCAACUGCUUAAGCCAAACAUUACCCACCUGGUUUGUGACAAAACAAAUGAGGAUGGAGUUCUAGGAGAAGGAGACACUAGUCCUGUUGAAAGCAGUGAAGGUUCUGUUUCAUCAGUGCCCAUUGGCAGCAAGUUAAUAAAAUUGUGUCCUGGUCCAAAACCAAUAAGAUCAAAAGCAAGAAAAUCCUUCACAAAGCCAUCAUCUCUGAUAUCUAGUCAGGUACAAGAGACUGCCACCAGUGAAUUAUCAACUCCUGGUAGUCAGUUUUCUCUACCAUCUGCCAGUCUUGAGUCUGAGGUUAGUUAUAGCUGCUGUCAUUGUAACCAGCGUUCAAAUAAAGCCACUAUAGAUGAUCACAUAAAGAAGCAACACAGAGACUUACCUUAUCAAGUAAGAAAGGAAGAAGGUGAUAAGAUCUUCACAGAGGUGUAUAUAUACAAGUGUAUACAUUGUGUUGCAGAGAGUAUAUCUCUUGCUCAAGCAAUGGAUCACUGGAUUCAAAAUCAUCCUCUAAUAGAUUUUAAAAUUAAAAUGGUUUUACGGCAUCAUGGAGAAGUUUCAAACCAAGUAGUGAGUAGCACAACUGCUGAUAAAGAACUGCCACAAGCAACUUCAGAAGCUGCCAAGUGUGAUUCUAUGGCACAAGACACAGAUGUCAGCACAAGUGACAGUGGCAUCAGCACUGCAACAUCCACAGGCGUUGCCUCUAGCACGGUCAUUACCAGCAGCUCAGAAAGUUCAAUUAUCAACCCAUUGCAUAUUGCAAAACGAAGGGGAAGUGGUAAGGACAUGAAAUCACCAAGUAGAUACAGUGUAGAUACUGAGGAAGAGGAAACAGUUGAAGUUUGUGAAAUAGUAGAUGAGAAUGAAUCUCUUGUGCAGUCAAGUUCAGAAAAUGAAACUGAAGAUUUAAUAUACAAGUGUGGACUAUGCAAGAAAAGUAGUGAGAAGCUAGAAGAACUUAAAGCACAUAUGAAAAAAAUCCAUGCAGAUAGACCAGUAAAAGUGAAGAAGCUACGACGAGAAAUUUUUGAACAGCUUUUCCGUGCCGAAUAUGAAUGUGGUUAUUGUGGUGAACGAGCCCGUCACCGCCCUAUCAAUCAGCAUCACAAAUCAGCCCAUGGCAUCUUACCUCUUAAGAUUACACGCUUGCCAGCACCUCCAAGAGAGAAUAUCUAUUUCAGGUGUGAUGUAUGUGGGCAUGUGGUCAAGAACUUAUCAUCCAUCCGCCAGCACCUUCGUCGUCAUCAUCCAAAUUCUGAAGAAUUUACAUUCACAAAACUUGCUUUAGGUUCUCCGAUGCGGCCUCCAAUUAAACAGCCAUUUAAGUGCAAUUAUUGUGGUGAUGUUGGUGAGACAAUUCAGGAAAUGCAUACUCACCAUGCCUUCUUGCACUCACAUUUGGAGUGUAGUAUCACAAACCUUAUGGAUGAAGCUUUAUCAUCUGUGCACAGUCCAUCCACCAGUCAGAGUUCUGGGGAAAUAAAGCCUCCAGUAUUUGUACCCGUGCCUACACCUGCGAUUAGCAAAAGUUCCCCGGCACAAAGUGGAGAGUUGAGUAUCCCAAAGACUUCUGUAGGAAUUCCAGUUGUCCCUGAGAUUAGGCAUAAGAACACAGCUAGGAAAUCAGUGCCAUCAUCAGUGAAACGUACAGUAGCUGUAAAGUCAACAACAAAAUUGCAACCAACUGCAGCCAAUAUAUGUGAUCAGAGUUUCAGUUUUUACCGUGUACCACAGCCUCCUUUACAGCUAGAAAAUAUAUAUGCUUUUGUAAACCUUGGUGCAGGAGUUCCUAUGAGGCUUACAGUGCAGCAGCUAGGAAGACUCUUUAGUUUAUUUCCUCAAGUUAUGCUAUCUAAAGUUGAAUCUAUCAAGAAGACUACUUGAAGUGUAAGUUGGUCAUAUCUUCACAUACAUAAGUAAAGAAAAUGCACUUUUGUGCAGAAAAAGACAAUUCAUGUAAUAAAAUUGUACCAAUUCGAUAUUAUUUAUAGUAUUAAAUCUUAAAACUGGGUGACCAUUAAAGUGUAUUCUUUCAAAUAUGUAACAUGCAUGGUGAAUAAGAACUUUUACUGUUCUUAUCAUUAAUUUUGUUUUUCAAGGUUGACUUAUGGUGCUGUAAAUUGAAGCCCCUAAUCUCAAAUUCCAUAGUUUUUUAUACAUUAGUAUAAGAAUUGUAAUUGCCAAAUUGUUUUUAUGAAGUUUUUUGUCUAUUAAAUGGUAUCCUAAUCACUUAAAUGGAUUGCUAGUUCUUAUCUCUCAUAUAAAUUAGAAGCAACAUGUCUUCCUUAAAUAAAUUAAAUGAAAUAAAAAUUACUUUAGCAUAAAAACCAUUUCUGUGAUAAUCGCAUGUUCUUCCUCAUCACGCCCUCCUUUCAUCUCACCACGUUCUUGUCUCAAGCUUUUUCUACCCCUUCUCUAUUUGCCACUUUCCCUUCCCUAUAGCUCACUUUUCCCCACUUAUUGCUCCUUCCAUUCCCUCUCCUACUCCUCUCUCUUUUUUCUUCUGUGUAUUUUCAACUUGAUUUCUAUAUAAUAUUUUUUUCUUCCUAAUAGCCUCUUUAAACCUCAUCUCUGUAGGGAAGACAUAUGAAAUAUUAUCAGAAACAAUAAGAGAUUUUCAGUAGGAUACUGAAUUAGUUCCUGCAACAAAUGCUAGACUAGCUCACUCACAUGUGCUCUGCAGGCCUGUGAGCAGCUGAUAGCUUCAGCUUGAAUGAUUAAGCAGUCAACAAGGAAGUCUGACUUCAGACCAGACUAUGAGUGUAAAAGAACCAUUGAAAUUGGUCAAAGUUACACAUUUCCCUUUACUUAUCCAACCCCUUACAUAUAUAUUACCUCUGCUUUACUCCCUUCUUUUCCCACUUUCCACUUCUACAUUUCUUACACCACCUGGUCUGCUUGGGACCAGGUUGCAGGGGUAGUGACCCCUGGAAGUGACUACACUUAACCUUAUCUUUUCCCCAGUCACUUUUUCAAACACCAUCUGCCAUUUCCAAAUACCCCUCUAGUCUCCCUUAUCACAUCAUAUUCCUAACCUCCCUACCACAACUUUCCCUCUAAAUUAUCCCUUGCAUAUCCUAACUUGAACCUUCCCAAACUCCUACCUUUAUCUAACUCCUUGCCUUACCCUAAUUCUCCUUAACUCCUCUCAUUACCCAAACUUUUCUCCUUGUAGUAUCCCUUUUUACCCUAACCUCUCUUCAACCCCCUUCCCUCUCCUGUCACAGAAAAAAAAGUCACCCUUUUUUUUUUCCCGAAAACCUCACUUAAACUGACCCAAAGUGAACUUUGUCUCUGCAAAUCAGGCAGUACCUAGGUCUUGUAUAAAUUAUUACUGAUAGCCGAGUACCUGUAGAAUAGUGACUUGUGAGGUUGGCUCCUUGCAUUUGCAACAUUUGAAUGUAUGACAAGUUUUGUCAUACACUAAAAAUAUCACAAUCAAUAAAAAAUGUAAUUUGGAGACUGAUGAUAUGGUUAUGAAUUACAUUAGAGUGGAAAAAAGUAAUUAUCUAUGAAGCAAAGAAGGAUGACUUGGAGGGUGUAUAAAUCAGUAUUGGAGGGAAGGUGGGGUAAAAGUCAUCCUAGGAAAGGAUGGAGGGAGGGAGGUAAAGGAGGUUUUGUGUGGAAAUGGCUUGGACAUCUAGCAGGCAUGUGUGAGCAUAUUAAUAGGAAUGAGUGGAGGCAAAUAGUUUUUCGGACUUGACGAGCUGUUGGAGUGUGAGCAAGGUAACAUUUUGUGGAGGGAUUCAAGGAAACCAGUUAGCCAGACUUGAGUUCUGGAGGUGGGAAGUACAGUGCUUACACUCGGAAGGAGGGGUGAGGAUAUUUGCUGCUUGGAGGAACAUCGGAACUGUUGUAUCUGCACACCUCUGGCAAGACAGUGAUAGUGUGAAUGAUGAUGAAAGUGUUUCUCUUUUGGGUCACCCUUCCUCAGUGGAAGAUGGCCAGUGUGUUACCAAAAAAAAAAAAUGGUACUAAAAAAUUGAUACUAACACUGAUCUGGAUAAGUUUGGAUGGUUGCUGAGAUAGGUAGUAAAAUUAUAAACUU